UUUUAUUAAUUCUAAAAAUAAAAUAAAAUAAAAAAAAGAAAACCAAUUGGCACAUGCGUGAGCAUGUGUUAAGGGGCUAGUUAAUGUUAAUGUAAGACUUUUCUUUUGAGUUGAAAGUAGGAAAACUUAGACUUUGAAUGCUAAUUUGUCUAUAUAUAAACCUUCCCCUGCUAUUAUAUUAUGUAUGAAAAUGCCUAGACUUUUGACUUUCCACUUUCCACCCCCAUCCCUUCAACACCACACAAUUGACAGCAAUCAAACUUUGACCUCCUAAUAAUAAUUGAACAAACUACUUCUGUCUUUCUUUUCAAAAACUACUUCCGUCCCUGCACUGCACAAUCAAAACAAAUUCUGAUCAAAUAGGAGAGAGAGAAUUAAGAUGAAGAUUGAGGUUGAAGUGAUCUCCAAGGAGAUUAUCAAGCCAUCAUCUCCAACCCCUGACCAUCUUCGCUAUUUGCAGCUCUCUUUUCUUGAUCAAUUAGCUCCCCCAGUCUAUAACCCUUUUGUCCUCUUUUAUGAAUUCAAUGGCGAGACACAGCCCAAAAUCACUGAAAUAUCCAGCCAUCUCAAAAAGUCCUUGGCCGACGUCUUAACCCUUUUCUACCCGCUAGCCGGUCGAGUCUUCAAACAAAACCAUUUUGUUGAUUGCAAUGAUGAGGGCGUUCCCUAUGUUGAAGCACAAGUCAAGUGCUCACUUUCUGAUUUUCUCAACAAUCCAAUUCCUGAUGAACUCAAGAAGUUCAUCCCAUUGGAGCUAGACGAUAUUGCCAAUGAACUUGCUCUAGGGGUUCAGCUCAACAUAUUUGAAUGCGGAGGAUUUGCUAUUGGUCAAUGUAUUUCUCACAAGAUUGCAGAUGGAUUGUCUCAUUUCAUGUUCAGUAAAACUUGGGCUGCCACAGCCCUGGGAGAUGAACCCCGAAUAGAACUUCCAGAGUUUGUUUCAGCAGCCCUCUUCCCUCCAAAGGAGUUCAAUAUUGGAUAUGAUGCAGGCAUUGGCAUCACAAAGAACAGAGUAACAAAGAGGUUUGUGUUUGAUUCCUCUAAGAUAGAGAGUCUCAAAACCAAAUAUAAAGGGAAGGACAGUUCAGGUUUUAACUCUCGAGUUUUGAGUUUGGAAAACGAAAAAGGACCCUCACGAGUUGAGGCCUUAUCUGCUUUCAUAUGGAGUCGAUUUGUGGCCACCACAAAGGAUGAUGCAGGACAUGAUGAGAAGCACUACAUAGUGCUUCAUUCUGUGAACCUGCGACCGAGGUUUGAUCCACCACUGCCACAACAUUGUUUCGGAAAUUUUUACCGUGGUGCCAUGACAGCUCCAUUCUUAUUAAGUAGUGGGGAAGAAUGCAAUUAUGGCGCAGUGAUCAUGAAGGUGCGAGAUGAAAUAAACAAGAUCAACAAUGACUAUAUCAAAAGACUACAACAGGGCAAUGAGCACUUGAGUGUUCUCCAAGAAAGUAGUGAUAAUGUUAUCAGAGGAGAGGUGGAUACAUUUAGCUUCAGUAGUUUUUGCAGAUUUCCUGUGUAUGAUAAUGAUUUUGGUUGGGGGAGGCCCGUGUGGGUGAGCUCGCCGCCAUUGACAUUCAAGAACCUGGUGGUUUUCAUGGACACCAAAGAGGCUGAUGGAAUUGAGGCAUACAUUAGUUUGGAGGAGGAAGUGAUGGCUAAAUUUGAAUGUGAUACCGAGUUCUUGGCUUGUGUUUCUCUAAGUGGUACUAUGCCCUUUCUUGUUAGCAUGACGAUCAUGAAGGUUGAAGUUGAAGUAAUCUCCAAAGAGAUUAUCAAACCAUCUUCACCAACUCCUGAUCACCUUCGCACAUACCACCUCUCCUUUCUUGACCAGAUAUCUCCCCCGGUCCAUAAUCCUUUGGUCAUAUUCUAUUCCUCAGAGCCCGAUACAAAAUUCAAUAUUGUUGACAUAUCCAAUCAGCUCAAGAAAUCCCUCUCCGAUGUCUUAACUCUAUUCUACCCACUAGCCGGACGAGCCCAUGGCAACUUGUUCAUUGAUUGCAAUGAUGAGGGCAUACCAUACUUGGAAACUCGAGUUAAUUGUCAACUCUCUCACGUCAUCCAAAACCCAAUUCCAAGUGAACUCAACAAAUUCAUUCCAUUUCAAGUACAUGAAGUUGCUGAUCUUUCCCUUGGUGUCCAACUCAACAUCUUUGACUGUGGUGGCAUAGCUCUUGGUGCUUGCGUUUCCCACAAGAUUGCAGAUGCUUUGUCACUUUUCAUGUUCAUCAAAAGUUGGGCAGCCAUUUCCAGACAAGAAGAUGAACAUAUAGUGUGCCCCCAAUUUGUAUCAGCCACACUCUUCCCACCAAGAAACAUAUCCGGGUUUAAUCCAAGGACUGGUAUCACAAAGCAGAAUGUUGUAACAAAGAGAUUUAUCUUUGAUGCUUCAAAGAUAGAGGCUCUUAAAGCAAAAUAUAGUAUUGAUAAUUACAGCCAAAGCUUAGAAAGCUACCAAAAACCCCCUUCUCGUGUGGAAGCUUUGUCAGCCUUCAUAUGGAGCCGCGUUGUGGCAAGCACUCAAGUGAAGUCAGAACCGGCACCCGAGAGGCUGUAUGCCAUUGUUCAUGCAGUGAACCUACGUACAAGAAUUGACCCUCCUCUGCCUGAACACUCAUUUGGAAAUCUCUACAGAAUUGCAAUGACAAUCCCAUCGCUGCAAACAGGGGAGGAGUGCUAUGGCCUCGUGAGGCAGGUGAGGGACCAAGUGAGACAAAUCGACAAACACUACGUCAGCAAACUGCAGCAGGGCAGUGAGCACUUGGAUUUCAUCAAACAGAGCUCUGAGAACUGCUUCAAGGGAGAGAUGGUGACGCUGAGCUUCACUAGUCUGUGUAGAUUUCCUCUGUACGAAGCUGAUUUUGGGUGGGGAAAACCCACUUGGGUUGGCUCACCUCCCCUGACUUUCAAUAACUUGGUUGUUUUCAUGGACGCCAAGUCUGGUGGUGGAAUAGAAGCAUAUAUUAACAUGAAGGAAGAGGACUUGGCUAAACUUGAAGGUGACAAUGAGUUCCUUGCAUGUCAAAAGCAAAACAGAUCGAUCAAAAGUUCUCUAGCAAAGAAGAUCAGGAUGAAGAUUGAAGUUGAAGUAAUCACCAAAGAGACAAUCAAACCAUCUUCUCCAACCCCUCACCAUCUCCACCACCACCAGCUCUCCUUUCUGGAUCAAUUAGCACCCCAUGCCUAUGUUCCUUUUCUCUACUUCUAUGAAUUCAAUGGCUCCACAAACAUCAAUCAAAUCUCCAACCUCCUCAAGACUUCUCUAUCCAAAGUCUUGACCCAAUACUACCCUUUUGCUGGGAGAGUCAGAAACAACCUUUUUGUUCACUGCAAAGACCAAGGCAUCCCAUUUUCUGAAGUUAAAGUCAAAACCCAUCUGCUCUCUGAUGUCAUCACCAACCCCUGCCUCUCUGAGCUCCACAAACUGCUGCCAUUCAAGCUGGAUGAAGUCACAAAAACAGCCCUUGGUGUCCAGCUCAAUGUGUUUGAAUGUGGAGGAAUUGCUGUUGGGUUAUGCAUCUCACACAGAAUUGCAGACGGCCUCUCAUGUUUUACAUUUGUGAACAAUUGGGCAGCUGCUUCUAAUUGUGGACCGGGGAACAAAAAUUCUAUUGUGGGUCCAGAUUUUUCUGCAGCUUCAAUUUUCCCACCAAGAAAUAUGGAUGGGUAUUUAGGGGUUCCUAUCACCAACAAGCAUGAGAUCAAAACCAAGAUGUUUGUGUUUGAUGCAUCAAAGGUUGAGGCUUUGAGAUCAAGAUAUGAACAGAUCAUCAAGGUCUCAAAAACCCAGAAACGGCCAUCAAAAGUUGAGGCCUUGUCUGCUUUUUUAUGGGACAUCUUUGUUUUGUCAAGGCCUAGGGAAAGACCUCAAACGUUGUACGCAGUUGUUUAUAUCAUGGAUCUUCGUUCCAGGUUCAAGCCACCUCUGCCUCAGCAUACUUUUGGAAAUUAUUACAGGGCUGCCAUGGCAACUCCAACUCUGCCUACCGGUGAGAAGCAUCAUGGAUUGGUGAGGCAGGUGAUGGAGGAAAUUGAGAAGAUUGACAAUAAUUAUAUGAGGAAAUUCCAAGAGGGGUAUCAAGAACAUCUGGAUUUCAUGAAGAAAAGAACGGAGAAGGCUGCAAAAGGAGAGCUGGUCACAUUGACUUUUUCUAGUGUAUGCAAGUUUCCUGUGUACGACGCAGAUUUUGGUUGGGGAAGGCCUACAUGGGUGAGCAUGACUGCUAUGCGUAUCAGUAAUCAAAUAGUCUUCAUGGACACCAGAAAUGGUGAUGGAAUUGAGUCUUAUUUUAGCUUGAAAGAGGAAGACAUGGCCAAGUUCGAACAUAACAAAGAGUUCACGGCGUUGCUUAGCUCCCCAAUUGGUAAUGUCAAGGAAAAUCCACUUGCACGUCUUUAAAUUGAAUGAGACUUAGCAUCAUCAUGUGUUUGCUGAAUGAGAGUUUCCAUUUGAUGUUGUAGAAUAUAAUCUCCGUAUCAAAGUGAAGUUAAUAGUGAAAAAAUUUAUUAAGAA